AUGUCCUAUAUCCCUCCAACCGUCACGGCGGUGUCCGCCCCGGGCAAAGUCCUCCUGACCGGUGGCUACCUCGUCCUCGACCGCAACUACACCGGCACCGUUUUCGCCCUCGAUGCUCGAAUCCACGUUAUUGUCCAGCAGCUGAAGAAAUACCACCGAAAGAGCUCAUCCACGGGACCAGAGCAAGCAGAGAACACGACAGACAACAAGGAAAGCGAGGACAUCGUCGUGGUUCGGUCGCCGCAGUUCGUCGACGCAGUUUGGGAAUAUGGCGUGCAGCGGUGCGAUAAUGGCGGCGGAAUCAAAGUGAUACAGAAGGGCCAGGGACAAGCCAACCCCUUUGUUGAGACUUCACUCAACUACGCCCUAACCUACAUCAGCUACGUCGCCGGGUCGAAGGACUUCGGCUCGCUGUCGAUCACCAUCCUCGCCGACAAUGACUACUACUCGGAGACGGCCUUCUCGAAGAUCUCAGGGCUGCAGUCGCCGGGCCGAUUCGUAAACUUCGGCGUGCCGCUGCACGAGGCGCACAAGACGGGACUGGGCUCCUCGGCGGCGCUGGUGACCGCACUGGUGUCGGCGCUGGUCAUCCACCGCACGCUGCAACCAGACGACCUGGGCGCCGCGCGCGACAAGCUCCACAACCUGGCACAGGCCGCCCACUGCGCGGCGCAGGGCAAAGUUGGGUCGGGCUUCGACGUGGCGGCGGCGAUCUACGGGUCGUGCCUCUACCGGCGGUUCUCACCGUCGAUCCUCGAGUCCGUAGGCGACGCGGCCACGGCCGGGUUCGAGGAGCGGCUGUUCGCGAUCGUGGAGGACGUGGACCCGGCGCACCGGUGGGACACGGAGUGCCUGGACUUCGGGAUGAAGCUGCCGCGCGGGAUGCAGAUGGUGCUGUGCGACGUGGAGUGCGGGUCGCAGACGCCCGGCAUGGUCAAGAAGGUACUGGAAUGGCGCAAGCAGAACCCGCAGGAGGCCGACCUGCUCUGGUCGGCCCUGCAGUCCAACAACGAGCACCUCUGCCAGGAGCUCAAAAUCCUCUCCCAGAACGCCCCUCCUCCCGCCGAUAACAACAAGGAUAACAACACCGCCACCAACAACGGCUACACGCUAGCCGACUUCGUCGCCGUCCGCGACCUGAUCCAGCGCUCCCGCAACCACAUCCGCAGCAUGACCGCCAAGUCGGACGUGCCGAUCGAGCCCAAGGUGCAGACCGAGCUGCUGGACGCCAUCUCCGACAUCGAGGGCGUCGUCGGCGGCGUCGUUCCCGGCGCCGGCGGCUACGAUGCCAUCGCGGUCUUGAUCCAGGAUUCGCCCGACGUCAUCCAGCGGCUGGAGGACUGCUUCGCCGCGUGGGAGAGCAAGGUCGAGGACGACUUCGGCGGCAAGAUCGGCACCGUCCGCUUGCUCGGGGUGCGUCAUGGCUCGGCGGGCGUGCAGAAUGAGGGGCUGGAGCAGUAUGCUGGCUGGGUUUGA